CCCAGUCUCAUUCAAUCUGCAGAUCACAUUGCCCUGCACAACUGCAUACCUGUUGCAAAACAGUAUUUACCCCAAGUCAACAACCAUUCACCAUGGACAGCGACAGCAAGCCAGUGCCUCUUUUGGUAGAUCAACGAGAAGCAACCGACCCACAGGGAGUGAUAUCUCUUAGCUCUGUGGCCGCCUACAUUUUUGUUGGCAAGACAGAGAGCAUGGCCCGUGUUCUUGUCCCCGAGAUGUGGAAAGCUGGCGCACGCACGUUCAUCUUCAUCACGGAGUCCACGAGCCCGAGUGCAGCUCGGAGGGACAUCAUCCAGGGACUGCGCGCAGGUGGGGCCACGGCGUUUCUAUACGAGGACUGUCUGUCACACAUUGACCGUCUGAAGACGGUGCUCGGGCUCUGGAACACAAAUGGCCGUCGUAUCGGAGGAGUGGUCUACGAUCAGACAGACGCGGUGGCUGAGGAUCUUGAUGACGUGCUAUACCAUGCCGCAGGAAUGCAGAGCCUACACGAGAGCACCGCCGCACUGGAGCUGGACUUUCUUCUCACCUACUCCAGGAGGGACACGCCUGCUGCCGCGAUGGCCAAGCACAUGGCUCGCCAUCGGUCGGCCUUCGGGCUCCCAUUCGUGCCUCUGGAACUCGAAACUGGACCGGACGCGGUCGAGGCUCAGGUAUUGUCGCGUUUCCGAUUGGUCUUUUCAGACCCGGCGCAGUCCGCGCCCACCAUCGAGAGUGUCUACUCUUCGUCCUCUGGUGAGACCGCGGCCCAGACGGGCCUCACUACUCCUGAUGGCUUCGGUGCAGGCAACUGGUCGCCAUCUAUAUCAAGGUCCUCUUCGCGGGAAGAUUGCGAUCAGAGAAAGGACCAGGACGUGCUGCCAGAAAGAGAUUGUGGCCGACCUCCAAGCAAGUCGUACGAUGGAAAUUCGUCGCUUUUUGAUAGUGCCGCAGAGCAGAUAGCGUCUCUUCUCUCCGUGGAGGUCGAUGAAGUUGACCAGGAUGCCCCGAUCGCAGCCCUUGGAGUGGACUCCCUUAUAGCCAAUGCUUUCUGCAAUUGGCUUGCGACAGAAGUCAACGUCCGACUGCCCCCAUUUGAGUUUCUGGAGGCGGGUUCGCUGCGUUCUUUUAUCCAGCGUAUUAUUCAUUCACGGGAAGGCUUUUAG